CCAAAUGCCGACAUGGAGAAAAAUUGUGUCAAAAUAAAAAUCUUGCAACAAGAUAAUAGUUAGUUUGAUUUUCACCAAUGUUCAGAGUAAAGUGUUCAAAGGGUGGUUAUAAUGGCUCGAAGAUAUCGCGACGCCGCUGCAAAACUGCAGCAAAACGUUCAAAAACAUUUACAAGAAAUGCAGGAUAACUUAUCAUCUGAAGAUGAAGAGCCUUUUGAAGUUAGCGUACUUGACGGCGUGUUCCAGAGCUACUCGAGAGGUGGAGGUGAUACAAAAUUGCUCAAUCGGACCAAAAAUUUACUAGAAGAAGCUAUUAGCGGUAGAAAUAUAACCUGUCUUAUAUGUAUAGGUUCGAUUAAAAGAGUUCAUGCUAUUUGGAAUUGCGACAACUGUUAUUCAUAUUUUCACUUAUCCUGCAUACAGAAGUGGGCAAAUGACUGUGUGAGCCUUAAAAGCGAUGAUAAUCAUGGUCCUAUUACUGUAUUUGUACCCAAGAAAGUUGAAUGGUGCUGUCCAAAAUGUCGGCAGGCUUACACCAAAGAACAUAUACCACAUAAAUAUCGUUGUUUCUGUAGUAAAACUGAUAAUCCACCAAUCCAUCCCUGGUUGAUACCACAUUCUUGUGGCGAGGUUUGUGGAAAAAGACUUUCUAGUGGUAAUAACUGUAAACAUAAGUGCCUAUUACUAUGCCAUCCAGGUCCUUGCCCGCCUUGCCCCCAGAUGGUUAGUGAUUCAUGUUAUUGUCAAAAAGAACAUAAAAAAGUAAGAUGUAGUGCUGGAAAAUGGUCCUGUGGUAGUCAAUGUAAAAAAACACUGCCAUGUAAAUCUCAUAAAUGUGAAAACAUUUGCCAUGAUGGUGACUGUCCUCCAUGCAGUUACACAAGUAUACAAGCAUGUCAAUGUGGAAGUCAGAAAAUUAAACGUCCAUGCAAUGAUCUAGAAUGGCAAUGUAUUAAGAUAUGUAACAAACCAUUUUCUUGUGGUUACCACAAAUGUGACAGAGUAUGCCAUUCAGGUAGUUGUGGUUCAUGUCCCAAUUCUGGACUAAAGGCUUGCCCAUGUGGUGCAAAUCAGCUGUUUGUUCAGUGCCCAGAUGUAAUGGAAACAUGUUUAGGAACUUGUGGCAAAAAACAUAAUGAUUGUGAGCAUAAUUGCCCUGAGAAAUGUCAUAAAGGCCCAUGUCCACCUUGCCUAGUUAUGAUUGAGAAAACUUGUCAAUGCUCCGCACAUAUCAGAUCACUGCCAUGCAGUAAAGAGUUCAAAUGUGACACAAAAUGCAGGGGAACCAGACCCUGUGGGAAACAUGGUUGUGGCCGUAAAUGCUGUAAUGGAAACUGUCCUCCGUGUGAAAAGCUUUGUGACAAACCCCUGCAGUGUGGCCGACACAAAUGUACAUCAGUAUGUCAUCGUGGCCCAUGCUACCCCUGUCCUAGAGAGUCAAAAAUCACUUGCAGAUGCAAAGAAACCUAUAUUACAGUUCCUUGUGGCCGAGAAAAGAAUAUAAAGCCGCCGAAAUGUAAUCUACCCUGUAAGAUUAAAUAUAAAUGUGGUCAUUCCGAUGAUAAUCACCAUUUAUGCCACUUUGGUGAUUGCCCUCCUUGUAAGGCAAUAUGUUUCAAGACAUACGAAAAAUGUGGACACCAAUGUAAAGCUGUCUGUCAUAAAUUUGUGACUGUAGUAUUUAAGCAGGUAGAAAAACCUGCCACUCCAUGGGAAAUACAACCACCAAAGUCUAAAAUAAUGACAUUAGAAUGUCCACCAUGUGAGGAACCUGUAGCGAUUGCUUGUUUCGGUGAGCAUGAGGUUACAAACCAGCCAUGUCACUCUGCAUCAAGAAAACCGUGCGGGAGAGAAUGUGGCCGUCUUCUAAAGUGCCUAAACCACUCAUGUUCGCAAAUGUGUCAUUUAUACAGCUAUAAUUCUGAUUACCCAAAUGUGCCUUACUCUUGCAAGCCAUGUGAUAAAGAAUGUUUAGUGGACCGUCCAGAAAAAUGUACUCAUAAAUGUGCUAUAGGUCAUUGUCAUCCUGGGCCUUGCCCACCUUGUGAUAUAAUGGAACGAAUCCGUUGUCAUUGUGGUGUAACUGAUCUAUAUUUCAGAUGUAAAAAGUUGUCAACAUGUACUGAAGAUAUGCUAUGCUGUGGUCAGCAGUGCCCAAAGAUGUUGCAAUGUGGUCAUAGAUGUAAGAAAGUUUGCCAUUCAAAUAAGUGUAGUGAAAACCAAAUAUGUUUGAAGAAAACUAAAGUCCACUGUCCUUGCGGCAAUUUGAAGAAGGAAGCUCCUUGCAAUGCGGUAAAAGAAAAGGAGGUUAAAGUUGUUUGUGAUAAGAGUUGUGAAGAAAAACAGGCUGCAGCCAAGAUAGAGAAAGAAAGAGAAGAAAAAAGACUAAAAGAGUUGGAGGAGGAAAGAAACCGAAAAGAGUUAGCUGAGUAUGAGUGGAAAUUGAGUGGCAAAAAGAAGAAAUACAAGGAAAAGAAGAUUGUUAUAAAUAAAGAUGAGAGGAAUUGGCUUCAGAAAUAUUCGAUAAUAAUUUUAUCUGUUAUAUUUUUGGUCAUAUCAUUUUUAUAUUAUAUUUUAUAUGUAUAAUUGCACCACUUGUGUGUAGUGUGACAUAACUACAGUAUGUAGCACCCUAAUAACUUCUACUAUAAGUCAUUUUUUAAUCUGU